AUGUCACUAUCUCCUGUCCGCCCAGACGUACUUGCACUCCUUUACGAUCAGCAAAGAAACUACAACGCCCAGCUCGGUCAGAACCAUGAGUCUCUUAGCAAGCUAUAUAGAAAGCUUGCCAAGAUUGAGCAAGUGCUCGCUGUGGAACCAGAACGACACAUGAAAAGGGCUUGUCGCAAGAAAUGGAAGUAUUCACAAGUGUUGACCAAGAAAAGCAUAACGUCCAUACAGGACAAGCAGGAUAUAUUGUACCAGCUCCUCGACCAAUGCGCCUCGUUAAUCGGGUCUUACCAUGAGCAGACUUUGACACCCGCAACUCCAUGGAUGCAUCUACCUCCUUCACCAUAUAUGCUCACACCGUCCUCGUCCUUCCCUUUCUCGCCAUGGGCAGCCAACUUCUCGGGCGCCAGCUCUAGUGAGGAUUCGGAGACCACUUUUUGGGACCUGUCUAGGCUGCGCGAGCCUUCUCCAUUCAGCUCCAUGGCUGAUAGUGGUUAUCAUGAAUCUCAAGAUCAUCAGGACAGCAACGACCAACCGACUUUCAGAGAGCUAGACCUGAUCUUCUCAUCCGGAGCCUUGGCGCCCUCGGACGACAGUACCAGACACCUCUGUGUUCCUUUGGCUACGCGUAGUGACGUGCCGAUCAUGUCCGAGCAAAAUGAUAGAUCAGAUCUUCAGGCUCCCUCUUCGCCUACGCGGUCAGGUGCCCAGACCCACAGACGAUGUGUUUCGGCAGAGUAUGCUCAACUUGUCGAUGGCAGUCUCGUUGUGCCAGCAUCAUCGAAACGAGGCACUAGUGUCGGUCCAGCUAGGCAAGCCAGGGGCAGUAACAAUGGGCUUGUGGGGUGA